CUGACGUUACGUUCCUCUGCGUUCCAAUUUCCGGUCGGUAAAGACUGGCUGUGUGUGUUGUGUUUGUAUUGUGCAGGAAGCGAGAGGCAGGAGCAUGCCGAGGUGGUGACUCUGGGCCUGUGUGUGAGCCGGGGGGGAGCCUGCGAUCAUGGCUGAUGGAGAAGGCGACGAGGAAGUGAUUCACCUGGCCAGUUUCCACAGACAUCGCGGAGAAGACGACCGGAUUCGAAAUGACCUGCUCAUUACCAUAUCGGACGACUCGGAUGAUGAGCUGCCUACACUGAUGCCAAAUAACCCAGCCCAGAUCAAAGCUGAACUGGAGGACGAGGAUGACGAGGAGGAAGAUGUUGUGAUUUUAGAGCCACUAAGACCGCAGCAGCCUCUGCGCCCAAACGUUAUCCGCCCUGCUGCUCUGUGGGGGGGUACCCCACAUCAGGAAACCCCUGAAAGACAAGGGGAGGCUCCCAUGGAAGCACCUCAUCCCGCUGCCGAGAGGCGGAUUCUGCUUGCGCGCCGCAGGUUGCCACUCGGCAAUGUGGACCUUGAAUCAGGGAAUAAUGCCCUUAAUGUCUUAAGCGGAAACCAGAAAGCCACACCUUCCAGUUCUCAUGCCCCUCCUGUGCCCAGGCCUCACCCGCCUGCAGGGACUGAAACCACACUUGAGCAAGGACCUGCAGGGCGUGCUGCCGUUUGUAACGGCGAAGCUUUCAUUGCAGCGAUGCCUGAGCCGUUGGCUCAUCGGGAUGUCAGGCAUGGUAUUCCACUGGGGAGCGAUCGCAGCGAGCUCAGGCCCCUGAAUGAUCAGCCCCACACAGACCAAGAAAGGCAGGCUGGUGUGGUACCUAAAAGAACUGAACCACUCCAUGUUCCUCUCCCAGCUCUGCCUGAACAGCAGCAACCACAUGAGUCUCUUAGGUUUCCUCCAGCUCUUGGUGUUCAGGAAAACCAGCACCAGGCACCCCCAGGGCCUGUCCUGCACAUCCCACUUGCUGUCAAUCAAAAUGAGCCAGGGGCACUGAUUGAUGAUGAGAGACCUGGACCAUCCAUCCCAAAUCCAGAAUUGAUAGCUGCUCGGUAUGACAGAGAUCAGAUAAAGUCACUAGUGCAUAGAGUGGCUGAGUUUUUUCCUGAUAUAGAAGAAGCAUACGUAGAAGAAUUAAUUAAGAGUCAUGAUUUAAACGAUCUAAAUUUGAUUUGCAACUUUUUGUUAGAAAACCCCAAUUAUCCAAAGAAGGAAGGGACCUCAGUUUUGAAUCAGUCAAGUAUUCUUCUCGAAACAAACGAGGAUGAAAACCAGAAUAAAGAGAAUUAUUUUGAUUUCUCCAAACUGGAAGCCGUAGACCAACGCACAGCCGUUCAAGCUGCAGACCUCCUGAUGGCUGAUUUCAAGAUGUUAAGCAGUAUGGAUAUUAAAUGGGCUCUGCAUUCUCUUAGAGGACACUAUGCAAUUACACGCAAGGCCUUAUCUGAUGCCAUCAAGAAAUGGCGGGAACGCUCUCCUGAAUCCUCAGGGAAGAAGAAAAAACGAAAAGAAAUGAACCAGUUUUCAUACAUAGAUUUCAAAUUCGAAGAGGGUACGACUAAAUUUGAGAGGCGGAUGUUCUUUCUGGAAAACAAGAGGAGACAUUGGAAGUCAUAUGACAAGCGUUCUCUUCACCCAUCCUUGCAGAAAGAAAUUACAUUCUACGAGCAGAAAGCUAAAGAAAUGGCUGAGCAUGAAGACUUCUUGUUAGCUCUACAAAUGAAUGAGGAGCAAUAUCAAAAGGAUGGUCAGCUGAUUGAAUGCCGUUGCUGCUAUGGUGAGUUUGCCUUUGAGGACCUGACUCAGUGUGCAGAUGGUCACCUGUUCUGCAAAGAGUGCUUGGUGAAAUACGCUCAGGAGGCUGUCUUCGGUUCGGGAAGGUCGGAGCUGAGUUGCAUGGACGGAAACUGUACGUGUGCGUUCCCAACCAGCGAGCUGGAAAAGGUGCUCCCAGAGAACAUCCUGUGCAAAUACUACGAGCGACAGGCGGAGGAGGCCGUGGCGGCAACCUGCGCUGAUGAGCUUGUCAGGUGUCCGUUCUGUAACUUCCCAGCACUGCUUGAUAAAGAAGUAUUCCUCUUCAGCUGCCCUAACCCUCGCUGCCGAAAGGAGACCUGUCGGAAGUGCCAGAUCCUCUGGAAGGAUCAUAUGGACCUGACAUGUGAACAAGUCGCAGAGAAAGACGAGAUUCGCCUCAGGGUGGCUUUUGAGGAGAAGAUGACAGCUGCUCGGGUCAGGAAGUGUCACAAAUGCGGAACGGGCCUGGUGAAGUCCGAGGGCUGCAACAGGAUGUCCUGUCGCUGUGGUGCCUACAUGUGCUACCUCUGCAGAGAGCCCAUCAACGGCUACAACCACUUCUGCCAACACGCCCGCUCCCCUGGAGCCCAGUGCCGCCACUGCAAGAAGUGCUCUCUGUGGACAGACCCCACACAAGACGAUGAAAGAAUAAUUCAGGAGAUUCAGAGGGAAGCCGAAGAGGAGCUGCGAAAGAAGAAUUCAGAGAACACCCUCAAGCGAGUGGGCCCGCCCCCGGAGGCUCUCCCGCCCAAGCUGCCCCGCGCUGCAGACCCCGGCGCUCGGAUUCCCCUGGAUCCGCCGCCGGCCCCCCAGCACCUGCUGCAGGGGCCGCCACUGCUGCCCCCCCACAUGAUGCUGCCCCGCCUACCCCCCCAGCCCAUGAACAUGCCCAUCCCUGCCCCCUACGUCCCCCCACUGCCAAACCUCCCGGUCAAUUACGUGCUCCCAAACCUAAACUUGGACUUAAAUUUGCCUAUGCACUAUGGACCCCACCACCCCUUCUUCCGGCCCUUGUAGAGUUUCUCGCUCUGGUUCCACACUGGACAGUCACUGGGCCCCCGCGGGUGCUGGUUCCUCUCUCUUCUGUGGUGGUGGCUGCAGCACAGGGAUCAGUGGACAAAGAAGCUGGAUGCCCAGUCUCUCGUUGCAGUUCGGGAUGGGAGUGCUGGGUGAAUUCGUUUUUUUUUUUCCCCAGACUGUGGGCAAAUAAAAAUAUUAAUGGAAGUUUA